AUGACCAUGGAGCGAUACAAGAUGGAGUCAAGAGAAGAAAGGAAUAACUACUACAUUCAGAAAAUACUUACAGAUGUUGUUACGAAGAAACUUGUUGAUUUAUUUAUCCAAGAGUGGGACAUUAAUUACAAAAAAUCCCACGGAGAAUGGGAUAAUACAAACGUUAGUGGUCAGAAGUUGUUCAAUAUUGAAAGAACAAAAAAGAGAAAUUUUGACAGCCAUAUUUUGUCAAAGUUUCAAGUGGGUGACACAAGCAAGUGGGAUUGUACAACACUAUUUGCAGCAAUACUGUUUUCCCAAUCAAUUGGAACAAAAGUUAACCCAAAAGUUAGAUCUGCAGUUGAUGCACUUCGUAUUGUUAGAAACAAAUUUAUUCAUGAUAAUCCUGGAAGAGUAUCUGAUACCGAAUUUGACAAAGUGGCUUGUGAUAUUGAAAAGUUGGAAAUUCAAACAAAAACAUUUGGACCUGACCAUGUUAAUAUUGCGACCACGUACAACAAUCUGGGUUUGGUUUACAGUAAAAUGGGAGAGUACGAAAAAGCAAAAGAUUUUUAUGAACGAGCGAUGAAAAUUCAAACGAAAGCAUUUGAACCUGACUAUAUUAAUAUUGCGGCAACGUGCAACAAUCUGGGUUUGGUUUACAGAAAUAUGGGAGAAUACGAAAAAGCAAAAGUUUUUUAUGAACGAGCGAUAGAAAUUUGCACGAAAGCAUUUGGACCUGACCAUGUUAAUGUUGCGGCAACGUACAACAAUCUAGGUUCGAUUUACUUUUGUAUGGGAGAGUACGAAAAAGCAAAAGAUUUUCAUGAACGAGCGAUGAAAUAUUGUAACAACGUACUGCAAUCUGAGUUUGGAUACAACAAUCUGGGUUUGGUUUACAGUAAUAUGGGAUUGUACGAAAAAGCAAAAGAUUUUUAUGAACGAGCGAUGAAAAUUCAAACAAAAGCAGAAGGACAUGACCAUUUUAUUAUUGCGGCAUUGUACAACAAUCUGGGUUCGGUUUAUUAUAAUAUGGGAGAGUACGACAAAGCAAAAGAUUUUUAUGAACGAACGAUGAAAAUUCAAACAAAAACAUUUGGACCUGACCAUGUUAAUAUUGCGACAACGUACAACAAUCUGGGUUCGGUUUAUGAUAAUAUGGGAGAGUACGAAAAAGCAAAAGAUUUUUAUGAACAAGCGAUGAAAAUUCAAACAAAAACAUUUGGACCUGACCAUGUUAAUAUUGGGACAACGUACAACAAUCUGGGUUCGGUUUACAGUGAUAUGGGAGAGUACGAAAAAGCAAAAGGUUUUUAUGAACGAGUGAUAGAAAUUCAAACGAAAGCAUUUGGACCUGACCAUGUUAAUAUUGCGACAACGUACAACAAUCUGGGUUUGGUUUACGAUGACAUAGGGGAGUACGAAAAGGCAAAAGAUUUUUAUGAACGAGCGAUGAAAAUUCUGACGAAAGCACUUGGACCUGACCAUGUUAAUAAUGUGGCAACGUACAGCAAUAUGGGUUUGGUUUACAUAAAAAUGGGAGAGUACGAAAAAGGAAAAGAUUUUUUUGAACGAGCGAUGGUGCAAUAA